AUGCCGGAUCGAUCGGCUAUUUAUGUUGGCACGGCAUUCGUUGCCGGGGUCUGUUUGACCAUAGCAUACAAAGAUAUAUUGGAUUCGCGGCGCAAUGAAAAGUCAGCGAAGCCAAAGCCACAAUCCGAUGCGCUUGUUGCUCAUUCAGGACCCCCGGAGAUCGUGGAGGGAAUUGAGGGAUGCAUUGGAAACACGCAUCUUUUUAGAAUAAAAUCUCUAUCAGAUGAGACAGGAUGUGAGAUCCUAGCUAAGGCAGAGGCACGAUUCCUGAAUGGCGCUGGACAAAGCUCCAAAGAUCGUGUUGCUUUAAGCAUGAUUGAACUCGCCGAGGAAGAAGGCAUCUUAACGCCCUAUUCUGGCGAUACAAUUUAUGAAGGUACAUCAGGAUCAACAGGUAUCUCAUUAGCAAGCCUGGCGCGGGCAAAAGGAUAUUUGGCACACAUCUGUUUGCCCUCGGACCAGGCAAUUGAGAAGUCGAAUCUUCUCCUGAAAUUAGGCGCAAUUGUUGAUCGUGUGCCUCCAGCACCUAUAGUUGAGAAAGAAAACUUUAUAAACCGUGCUCGUGCCCUAGCAGCUGCUCAUACAGGAUCAACUCCAGUCGCAACAGAGGAUGGCGAGGUCGAGCCAUCAGAGCGCAUGGCACGAGGCCGCGGAUUUUUCGCGGACCAAUUCGAAAACGAAGCUAAUUGGCGUGCUCACUAUGACGGCAGUGGACCAGAGAUCUACGCUCAAUGCAACGGCAAGAUAGAUGCAUUCGUGGCAGGCGCAGGUACAGGCGGAACUAUCUCAGGCGUUGCGCGGUAUCUCAAGCCCUUAUUGCCGGACUUGACGGUCGUUCUAGCGGAUCCACAGGGCAGCGGGCUAUAUAACCGCGUCCGAUACGGUGUUAUGUUUGAUGUGAAGGAGAGAGAGGGUACACGCCGUAGACGUCAGGUGGAUACUAUUGUCGAAGGCAUUGGCGUCAAUCGCGUCACUGCCAAUUUUGAAGCUGGCAAAGAACUUAUCGACGAUGCGGUCCGUGUAACAGAUGCUCAAGCACUGGCGAUGGCUCGCUGGCUCGUUGAGAAAGAUGGAAUUUUCGCUGGCAGUAGCAGCGCUGUCAAUUGCUUCGCGGCUGUGAAAACGGCGCAGAAGCUUGGUCCUGGUCAUCGCAUUGUGACGAUGCUGUCAGACUCGGGGUCACGACAUCUAUCUAGAUUCUGGGCUAAGGCUGGGGAUGUUGGAGGUGCCGUUGACACCAAGUUGAGCGAUGUCUUAAACGCACGCGACGAGGAUUUUCAAUAA